CCAGCCCAAGGAAGACUGCCUAGCAGGCUGGCCCAGCCUAGGCCAGGCCACCAGGGGAGGGGAUUUCCUCUGGUUCCCUCCCGCGUAGGAACCUGUCUGGACAAUUUUAGUUCUGGGAGGGCGGGAGAGGAGCCUGGCAGGCUGUGGCUGGAGCCUCCAGGCAGCUCCGUUGGCCCCUUGACGUGCAAGAUCCGACUGCAGAGGGGGACCGCUGUGACUCGGCCUCCCCGGGCGGAGGGAGGACCAGGACGAUGGCUGCUGCUCACGAGAUGGAGAUGGAGAGUGUGAACCUGAAUAUGGAGAGAGAGGGAAAGGAAGAACUGGAGGAGGAGAAAAUGAGAGGGGAUGGGGAAGGUAAAGACUUUCCCAGGGGUCGAAAGGUCCACAGGAUUGUCUCCAAGUGGAUGCUUCCUGAGCCAGUCCGAAGAACAUACUUGGAGAGAGCCAACUGCCUCCCACCGCCCCUGUUCAUCGUUCUCAUCAGUCUGGCUGAGCUGGCUGUGUUUAUUUAUUAUGCGGUGUGGAAGCCUCAGAAGCAGUGGAUUACCCUGGACACGGGGAUCUUGGAAAGUCCCUUGACAUACCGCCCUGAGAAGAGGGAGGAAGCCUGGAGGUUUAUCUCAUACAUGCUGGUCCAUGCUGGAGUCCAGCACAUCGUGGGGAAUCUUUUUAUGCAGCUCGUCCUGGGUAUUCCCUUGGAGAUGGUCCACAAAGGCCUCCGAGUGGGGCUGGUGUACCUGGCAGGCGUGCUUGCAGGUUCCCUGGCCAGCUCCAUUUUUGACCCCCUUAAGUCUCUCGUGGGUGCUUCAGGAGGAGUCUAUGCCUUGAUGGGUGGCUAUUUUAUGAAUGUUAUAGUGAAUUUUCGAGAAAUGAUUCCUGCCCUUGGAAUCGUCAGGCUACUCGUUAUCAUUCUGAUAGUUGCCUCAGACAUGGGCUUUGCUCUCUACAGAAGAUUCUUUGUCCCUGCAAAUGGGUCUCCGGUGUCCUUCGCUGCUCACAUUGCAGGCGGAUUUGCUGGGAUGUCCGUAGGUUACACUGUGUUCAGCUGCUUCGACAAGACCCUGCUCAAAGACCCCAGGUUCUGGAUCUCGAUCGCGGCCUAUGUAGCUUGUCUCUUAUUUGCUGUGUUUUUUAACAUCUUUCUGUCCCCAGCAAACUGACUUGCCUCUGUUAUAAGCCACUUAAUAAAAGUGUCACAUGGGAGGAAGUGGCAAACUUUGUAAAGAAACACAGAUAUCCCAGCCUAUGCUAAGAAUGUUAUUAAAAAAAAGAAAGAAGACAGGACAGCAGCUGAGCUUCCAGCGCGAAGCAAGAAGAUAAAAAGCAAAGACUGGGCCUUUCAUGCACAGAGCAUGCGUGUGUGACCCUGUGAAGGAGCCUUGAUAUCCUUGGGGGAUGUAAUUUGGAGCUUGUUUAUAGGCUCCACGAGAGCUGCACUAUCCUGAUAAUAAACAUUUUUCAUAUCUGGCUCGGACUCUUGCUUCCUGUUGCUUUGAGGCAGAGCCGUGUGCCUCAUAGGAUGGCUAAGAACUUGGCAGACUCCAAGAAAGCCUUAGGACUUGGGUCUCUGUGGACAUCUCUGCAGCUGGGAUUACACACAGGCUUGCGUGACACCAGCCUGGGGUCUCCAGUCUUUAAGGCCAGCUCCACUGAGCUCCAUUCCCCAGGACAAUAACCGGAUGAAGGUUCUUGGCUGAGUCUCUCCCUGUUGUCACUUUUGUGAUUUCUAAUGGAAAAGCAAUGUUGUGCCCUAUACACGCCUUUCUAUCUUUUCAUCAGAAACGUAAUGAAGUGGAAACACGUCCACCCUGAUCAUCAGGGUGGUCUGUGCUCAAUGGAGACCACCACCUGUGCAGCCUUGUGCAGCCCUUCACCUCGAGCUUGCUCGCUCUUUUUGGACCCUGACUCUUCUGCAUCUCCAUCCUCCUGGCACUGGCAAGCUUCCAGCAAGCUUGCCCUGUUUUUCUUUCAAGACUGCAAUACAAUGGCCCUCAAGCUUCCUCCUGAAUUCAUUUGAACAUUAUUUUUUUAUGAAUGAAACCCAUAAAGAACCAAUAAUACUUCUUUUCUGUUAACAUAUCCAUAUAUUCAAAUAACUAAUUUUAAAACAUUCUUUAAACAAAAUGUAGGGUCAUACAUCGUAGUGCAUGCCUUUAAUCCCAGCACUCCAGAGGCAAGCAGAUCUCGGAGGUUGAGGUCAGUGGAUCUACACAGUGAUUUUCCUGGCUAGUCAGGGCUGCAUAGUGAGGCCUUGUCUCAAUACGAAAAUCGAUGAUGAUGAUGAUGAUGAUGAUGAUGAUGAUGAUGAUGAUGAUGAUGAUGAUAAAGGAAUUAUAAAUUAAAAUCUUCGGAAUUUACAUUUUAAGUUUGCCCAGCAAAAAUCAGUUUGGAGAUUUUCCAGUACUUAAUAAAAGCACACUUCAGUUUAAUUAUCUUUUAGGCUAUAAGUUUUCUCUCUUGUAAAUCCUGUGGGGUUUUUUUGCUUUUGUUUUUGUUUUUUUGUUUUUUGUUUUUUUUUUUCUCAGCCUCAGCACAGGUCAUGCCUUACAUCGGGAACACAGAUGGCCACAUUUCUGUCUUUCCCCAAGGACAGAAUUUACUGAAUGGCAACAAAGCCACACGGUUUAGCAGUUUCCUUUACAUUUUUUUUUCCAUUUAAAAACUUAAAAAGUUGGACUGGAGAGAUGGCUCAGGGGUUAAGAGCACUGACUGCUCUUCCAAAGGUGGGGGGUUCCCAGCAACCACAUGGUGGCUCACAACCAUCUGUAAUGGGAUCAGAUGCCCUCUUCUGGUGUGCAAAUCUAUAUGCAGACAGAGCGCUCAUAAAUAAAAAAAGUCUUAAAAAAAAACCUUAAAACGUUAUGUGUGUGUGUUUGUCUCUGUGGGGGUCUGUGAGCUGUGAACACAGGCGUUCGCAGAGGCCGGUGGUGUCAAACCUGCUGCCGGUGGAGUUCUGGGCAGUUGUAAGCCACUUAUGUGGGAACUGAACCCAGCCCACUCUUUUUUUUUUUUUUUUUUUUUUUUCGGAGCUGGGGACCGAACCCAGGGCCUUGCACUUGCUAGGCAAGCGCUCUACCACUGAGCUAAAUCCCCAAGCCCACCCAGCCCACUCUUAGCCAUCUCUCCAGUUCCAGUUCAGCGGUUUGUCAUCUGUCUGCCUUGGGAGCCUGCUGGAGGUGAAUGCACACUCUUUCAUUCCAACCUUAAUUACUAGCGUUAACUCUCAUAUCACACAGCAGAUAUAUAUAUCUAUAUACGUUUAUGUAGGUGACAGAACGAGCUGAGGUAGAGGUCAAGACGUUUCAGAAGUGGGAAAGAAGAAGAAGAAGAAGAGUCUGUAUUGACGGAAUAAUGAGCCAGGCCAGUGCUGGGUCAGGGCUUUAGCUGGGGCUGCCGAGUCGGGUUCACAGAGCCACAGAGCACAGGGCAGCAAAAAGUUGAGCUGUGAGGUGAAAGCAGGAAACAGGUUAGGAGCUGGAAAUGGUGGCUCAGGAACAGCUGGGUGAAUGAACGCCAGGCUGUGUCCACAGCAGGGCACAGAGCCAAAUCCAAACUCAAGGGAUGGUGGGGAGUCAGUCCUUGAAGCAUCCCAGGCAUCGGAUGACAGGUUGAGGUGGGAUCACUCCAUCUUGGUAUUGAGAGGUCAUCGGUUUAUGGGGGUCCAGGUGGAGGAAUUGCACCUUUUUCUUAGUUUGACGUACUUAGCUAAUAAGCUCUUGGGUCUGGCUGUCCAUGUGCUCCUACAGAUUCAAAUCUCCCUCGCAGACUCGGCAUUGCUCUCUGGUCCCAGGGAUAAGUCGUUUGUCAGUCUGUGCUGCCCGGGGUAGGCAUGUCCACCCAGGGGGGUUGCUGUCACCCUUCUGCUCAAAAUGUUUUGUAAAGGCAUGCCAAGAAGUUAAAAAAAGGAACGCAAAAAUGAAGUGGCUACACCGUGGCGUUUUCAGGAAUGCCGGCCGGCCAGCGGCACAGUGGUUUGUUCCAGGUUGCGUUAGACAACACUAUAGCCACCAUAGGAAAGACGUCACGCAACAUAUGGUCAUGUGACCUGCUGGACACCCCUGCCUCUCUAACUCAAAGGUUCUAUGGAACGCAACUCAAGAAGCCUUCCCUGCCGUAGGCCAGGCGCUCGAAUUGUUAAACCCACACAAAUGGCAUAAUAGCUAAAAAAAAAAAAAAAAUUCUAUAAAACUGGAACACCUCAGAAGAACUGGGUAAGACAAAGCCAAUUACCAAAUAAAGUCACCAAAAAUGGUUCCAAAGGAGCCCCAAACAAAAUGGAAGGCAAAGUGUGAGGCACGGUGAUCGGAAGAUACAGCCAAACUUUCUAUAGAGUUCCAAACAAAUUCUACAACCACCUUUGUUUCACCAAAGAGGCAAAAACCAGAGGGUGCUGGCUGGAGUAGAGACAAGCAAACACAAUCCUUGGAAUAAAGUGGUUUUGGUGGCUGCUCUGACCAAUCUUUCUGUGGGCAUCAUCUUGUUGUGAAUGACUGCCACUCAAAAUGUUCUGGCUGGGUGACCAAAACAUUUACUGGUGUUAUUAAGGACAAAAGCUACACCCUGACAUCUCUAACUAGCCAGGUCUGAUUAUCCAUUUCCAGUUUAUUUCCCAGACAACUAACUCUGUCUCUUAUCUCUGGCUUCUGCCUGUCACACACCAUUUCCCCUAUCCAUAGGAUAUUGGUGCCUUUCCAUAGAUAGGUGGCAUUUGUGGACGCUGCUAUUCCUAACAUCAAGAGUCAUGGAGACCAAAGACUGGUAUGAGCUUCAGCCUAAAUCACAGUCCUCUUCCCAGUCACAGCCACUGCAUUACAGACAGGCAGGGUGGCUAAAGCUGGGGCUGUGCAGGGAGGUCAUUAGCUCCCACACCAGGGAAAUGGUGCAGUGUGGAUGCCAGAGGUUGGGAAAACUUUGAUAAUGACUGGUGUGUUAGGAGCAUAACAGUGUGUGUGUGGGGAGAACUGCUGAGCUCCUGAGAACUUGGGAGAGCACAGGGGGAGCCUUGAGAGGGCAAAAACCCUGGUCCUCAGGAGAGCGAGUGGAGGAAAUGAGUUUCCAAGCUCUGGACUCCCACACUCUAAAAACAGAAGGGCAAGUUUUAUAGUGAGCCCCAAAGAAUUUGGGAGCCACACCUUGGGCCUAAACCCUUGGAUGUCAGACUUCUUAGGGUUGCCCCUGUCAACAGUAGGGUGAACUAUGGGCUAGCUGGGCAGAAUUGACUCACCUUUCCCAGCUACUGGGGAAACAGAACAUAGUCUCCGGCUUGUAGGCUCUAUAGGUGAGUGCCAGCGCCCUCAUCCUGGUCACUUGCCUUUUUCAGACUGGCUCUGUCAGAUGCCUGGAGUGAGGAGGGCAGGUUUGCAGUGUGGUAGACGCUCUCCUCGAAAGUCAUGUUAUGGUUUUCCCAAGAAAAAGCCUGAGGCAGUAACAACAAUUGAAACCUAUUUAAGAGUAGGGACCAUGGCUUUGCUUGGCAAAACGAGAAAAAAAAAAAAGCCAUUCAAGCCCGCGAGAUACUAGGAAGUUUCAGGAACAGGGGGUACCCACAGAAGCCAAAACCAAGUAUAGAUUAAAGUUGGCUGGACUCUUUUCUUUUCAGGAAAGAGACAGGAGAUGGUAGUAUGGAGUCAUCAGAGGCUGCUGCGAGACACAACAAAGAAGAGUGCCACAGUAGCAUCCAGAUACACAAAACUCUCAGAAAGGCAUAAAGACACCUCUCAGAGGGCAUGAAGAUCCAGCUGAAAUCCAGUUGGUUGGGCAAGCAGCAUGAGUCAAGUUUAGAGGGGAGGAGAGAGUGGGAACUACAGCCAUUACGGAAAGGAAACAAACAGAAGCCAAGGUAGCUGAUCCCUCCAACAUAAGACCUUUUUUAAAAGAAGGAGGGAUCGAGCCUGUCACCAAGGAAGAAACCAAACCAAGUUUGCUAAAGGGGAGGAAGGGCCCUGGGGCUUGGAGUUUUCAGCCAAAGAGCACCGGAGUUAGGUCCUGGUAUUGAUAGGUGACUACCACCACUGGCUCAGGAUUGUCACCAGAAGCCACAAGAAGACUGUUUAAUGAAGGAGAGGUGGUAGCCACCCCACCCCCUCAAUCUGAGGCAACCCAGUAAUGCUGAAGAAAGUGCUUCCAUGAGGCUCCACAGAGCCUCGCAGGGUAAAGCCCACAAGACAGUUUAGUCAGAAUCGGCACAAACUUCCAAAGUUCUGCACACUUAGAGCUUAGGGCUUAGGGCUUAGGGUUGGCGAGAUGAGAAUAUGAGAAGCAGUGAAUGUCACAUUCGCUUAGGAGAAAGAGGUGAACUACACAACAAGGGAAGGAAACACCCACUGUCAGGUAGCUCUGAAUCUCCAUGUUUCAAGGGUCAGGCAGUCAGCGGUGGUAGGCACACUGCCUUGAAAGUAAUCAUUUCUUUCAAGGCCUCUGAUGGUCAGUCUCUGGGAAAGAAUGCUACCGACUUCAUGUAAUGACUUUUAGACCCCCCCCCUUUUUUUGGCAAGAACAUUACAACAGUUGACACUAGAGAAGCAGAGAUAAUCUAUCUUUCCUGUCCAGAGCACGAGGGAAGCCUGGUCAUCCUGUCAGAACUUCAUUGGGGGGUGACCAGAGCACCUGGCACAAAAAUCAGGGCCACCAAACGCGCCACUACUUGUGGCAUCCAAGUCUCUGAGCUUUUGCCGCCUUUCUUCGUUCCUCUAAAAACAAGAAAAUGGCAUACAUGCUUUCCCUUAAUGAAAAUGAGGACCAACCAGAGGACAUCUAUUUUCUACGUAUGCUUCAUCCACUUGUGACCGUUUUGAAUGGGUGCUGGGAGGUUCCUUUGCUCUGCAGCUCAAUGACUCCUGGAGCCCAUAUAAACCCGUUAAGUAGGCUCUGCUCUGCUUCUUAACUCAGGUUCCUCCAUGGAGUCAAUAUGGCGUGGGCCUGGCGACACUUGAAUGCUGGAGCUCAAGAGCUCUUUGCUCUGAUGGCUGGACUCUCGAACUCUGGGUGUGUCCAUGGCACCAUGCAAAAGGAUGAGGGAUCCAGGUUCCUCUGGAACAUUCUUUUUCUGUCUCAGGACUUGGAAGAUUUUGAGGCUGUGCUUCUGACUAGGGCGACACUUCUGUGAAAAAGACCCCCUUUCUUUCUUUUUUUUUCUUUUUUCUUUCUUUUUUUCCGGAGCUGAGGACUGAACCCAGGGCCUUGCGCUUUCUAGGCAAGCGCUCUACCACUGAGCUAAAUCCCCAACCCCAAGACCUCCUUUCUUGAGGACAACUCCUGUAGGGCACCCUGGGACUUUAUUUAGCUUUGGGGUCUUUUCUGGCCAGCCCCCCCCAGAGACUGUGUUCAUUUCAUCCAGCUUCAACAUCACACUGGCAAGUCUAUGGAUCAUGACCCUCCAGGAUACCCAUUCCUGUGGUUCAAACAGCAGGUCUUUCAGAAAGUUCCCUCUUCCAGUCAUUGGCAGAUGCUCUGGUCCCUAACUGUUGGCCUCUAUACCAGGAGAUCCUGUAGAUGGGAGGGAAAUUUCAAAAGUUGCAUCUUAAAUGUCUUGAGAGUCAUCCUAACGGGUCAUAUCUGGUUACUUCUAGCCACUGACGGAAGUCCCAGAUCCUUUGCAAAUGUCCCCGUCAAAGGAAGUCUUUGAAAAGGAGGUAAUUUCAAAAGGUGCAACUUAACCUCUUUUGAGGAUGAACUUCUGGCCUCUGCACCGGAAGAUCCUUAUGAGCAAGGGGAAGCCUUGCGCAAAAGCCAUCUCUCCAGUGGUUUCUUAUAACUGUUGGCACCCGUAGUCGGCCCACUGCAGAUGCUCAUAUGUAGAAAUCCGUUUUUUAAAAGGCUAUCUCUUAAAAUGUUGCAACCUCAAGUCGCUGAAGGAUGAACUGUUGCCUUCGAGUUCCUUUUGAGGAGAGAGGUCUCUUAGAAGUUGCCUCUUGAGUCCCUUGCCAACAAAUAGGACCCCCAAUAGGAAUUAUGCCUGCGGAGGGAUCCCCAGUGGGAACUGUGAUCUUUGACCUUCCAUUUCAAAAGGAAGGCUACUUCCGUCACUCCAGCUUGACCACUUUGGUUAAUUCUAAAGAACUGGGAUGAAUUUGACCCUUAGACGGUGAAUGUUGGGUUUCAGUCUUUUGGGUUCUUAAUCAAGUCGGCACCCCUCCUUUGUACCCCUUCUUUUUUCUCCUUCCUUCUCUGGCUUUCCUCAUUGUCCCCAGUUGGAGAUGGCUUCCUCAAGCAACUGCCGUGCGCGAGCAAAGU